GUGGACUUGGCUGGGCUGGGGAGUGUGGCUGCUGCUGUGGAUGGGCUUGUGCGGUGUUCUGGCGCAAGCAGAGGAGCUGGAGGAGCUAACGGCUACUGCCGGCGGAACAGCGGGCUCCCCACGGAGUCGCAUCAAGGCGGAAACGGAAACCCUGAUGACGGGCGACAGCUUCAACAUACGCCACGGGCGCUCUCGCUCGCAUUUCCUUCACGGUAAUGGCACAGGUACUGGCACUGGCAGUGCCAUCAGUACCCGCCUCCUUCUGGUACCGCCCACCCAGCUCCCGAGCGUUACCUCCCCCGCACCUGUUACGCAUAAAAUUCGCAAAUUGCACAAAAAGAAAAUUAACGAGAGCAUACGCAAAAGCGUGGACAAGAGCCUGGGCCUGCUGCAUCCGUCGAAGAACCAUCGCAGCCUGGCCGAGGCCGAACACCUGCAGGGGCGUCCGGCCAGCGAGGAUACCGGCGAGGACCGGGCCCUCAGUGAGGUCAUGCAGCUGGCGGACGAACUGGAGCUGGAGAGCUCCCUAACCACGCCCCCUGAUCCCAGUAUCGGUGUCCAGCAGGCUCGCCAAUUUGUGCGUGCCAGUGCUGAUGAAACCAAUUACCAGGACCAAGAGGAAAACACCCAUGAAAGGCAGGUGAUUCAAGAGGAAGAGGACGACGAUGACGAUGAGGAGGAGGAGGAUGAAGAGCAGGCGGAAGAGCAGUUGUCCACCACAGCCAGGCCCAGAACCCGCCUGCUGCCCGUGAAUGGCACCUGGGAGAGAACAGGCAAGACCUCCCGUGAUUCCUCCUCCGACUAUGAAAACCAUGACCUGGACUUGGAGGAGGACCAAAGCCAGCUGAGUCUCAACCGCCUGCAGCUGCUCAACGACACCGAGUGGCCGGAGGAGGCCACUGUCCCGAAGGAAACCCGCAAUGAGCCUGAGGCGGAGGCCAGAUCCCAGGCAGCCAGCAUGGAGAUCAAGCAGAUAAGCUUCGAUAGCGACUCGGAUUCCGACUCAGACAUCGAUUCCGAUGCCGGGCUGGAUACCUCUGAGGUGACAAUGGACGAUGGCUAUCCUCCAGAUGCCCAGAUCGAUGACAAGACCAAGCAGCUGGUCAUAGGCGAUGUGGAGGGCGGCGAUUCAGAUGGGGACAACAUGGAAUCCAGCCAGAUCACAGCCGAUGUGAUCAAUGCUAGGGAUAGCAAGAUUGAUCUGGUGUCCAAGUUUUUGCAGUACAUCGAACAGCAGCAUUUGAUGGGCUCCAAUUGUGUGGCUGGAACCUCCCUGAAUCUGGGCGAGGGCGUGGUGGACAGAUAUGCCCAAGACCGGUUUCGGGUGGAGGCCGAGGUGGCCGUCAAUCGCGCCAAUAUGCUGACCAGAAUCUUCAAGACCACUGGCCGUUCGGUCCAGGAGGAUGUCAACCUGCUGCACGCCUCCGUCCUGUCCAUGGUGGAGUUCGACGAUGAUAUAUUCGCGGCCGGAAAUUGCUUCGACUGGAAUGAACAUCCCGCCCAGCCGGGUCUCUUUUGUCCUUUUGCCUACCGCCUGCCGCCUCCAAAUUUGGGCGCGGUCUUUGCCAAGGAUUUGGCCAUGGAGUACCACUAUCUGGGCAAUACCUCCGAGUGGUUCUUCCUGGCCCGCAAGAAUGCCGAGAAGGUGAUAGCUCGGAACGAGCAGUAUCUCAAGUCCUUUCAUCUCUACUCGAAUCGCACCGAGGAGCGCAUCGAGGACGACACGCUGGCUGUAAAGUAUGAGGACGGCAGAUGGUCAAAACCCUACUAUGACUGCGGUGGCGGCAACAUUUGGAUGCUGACCUACACGGUGCCGUUCUUUGGUUACGAAAAUGGAACCUAUCACUUCAAGGGCACAUCUGGCAUUGAUAUUGACUUGCGGCGCGUGGACAUCGACCAGUGCCCGCAGCGCCACACGCCGGGCACCAAGCGACCACUGAACAUCUUUGCUGGGACGGAUAAAUGCAAGCAAAGGACCACAAUGUGCGAGGCCAUCAUGGGAUUGGGUUUUCGGCGCGGCUCCUACAAAUGCCUGUGCCGCAAGGGAUUCUACUUUCCCGACGUGGUCUCGCUGCACAAAUUCUUCAACGGGAGCCUGUUGGAGGAGGAAUACGAGAAGCUGAUGCUGGGCAAGAACUCGACGUACAAUAGCAACAGCGAGUACGAGUGCCUGCCGUGCGCCGAAGGAUGUGACUCCUGCGAGGACUCCUCGCCCUGCAUAGCCGCCCUCAACUGGCCAAUGCGCACCAGCAUCCUGGCUUUGGCCUGCAUCGUGAUUGGCCUCCUGCCGCCGGCGGCCUGGUUCACCUUCCGCUACCAGCAGGUUAAGGUUGUGAGGGCCGCUAGUCCUGCCUUGUUGAGAGUCAUUGCAUUGGGCGCCUUUUUCAUUUACUGCACGAACAUUGUGAUGUAUCCCAAUCCCAACCUCUACACCUGCACUGCUCGCAUUUGGCUCCGCGAAAUAGGUUUCUCCUUGACUUAUGGAGCUCUGAUGCUCAAGACCUGGCGGAUCUCGGUAAUUUUCCGUGUCCGGUCUGCCAAGGCUGUGAAAAUCACAGAUGCCGCUCUGCUCAAGAGACUGGGCAUCAUUUGCGGGGCCAUUGGCACCUGUCUGCUGGUCCGUACUCUUGUCUCGCCGCCGGACGUGGUCGUGGGACGCACUGCCGAUGACCUUAAGGCAUUUCUCUGCAAAACGGACUGGUGGGACUAUACAUUCACGUCAAUGGAGGUCUUGUUCCUAGCCUGGGGCGUUCGUCUGUGCAUUAUGGUGCGAAAGGCUCCAUCAGAGUUCAACGAGAGCCGCUUCAUAUCCAUGGCCAUCUACAAUGAGUUCCUGCUCACCUGUUUUCUCAAUGUGUCUAUGCUCUUUCUGCAGUCUCCCGCCAAUCCGGAUUUGCUGUACAUCAUCUUCUUCUGCCACACCCAGUUGACGGUGACUCUACUGCUGGCCCUAAUCUUUGGCAGCAAGGUGUACAUCGUUCUGAGGAGUGGCAAAUCGCACCAGGAGAACAUUGGCCUGGGCACUAAGGCAUCGGGGGCCAAAUUCAAUUUUCGUCCUCAAGUGCGCACCUUUGCGAAUCCCAGUUCGGUGACCACCUCCACCGUACCCGUGGCGGGCACAACGUCAGCAGAAAACAAACUCUCCGACCAGGAGGCCCUGGAGGAGAUCCGCCAGCUCAGCAUGCAGCUGCAGCGCAUCCAGGAAAUGGCUCCGCCCAAGGGUGUGGCCGUGAUGACCAUCUCCAGUUUGCUAGAUGGCCUCAAGACACCUGGUGGCCUCAUGGUGGUGGCAGCAGCUGCUGGAGCUGGCCACUCAGCCUCGGCCGCCGCCAGCAGGCAAAGUGCUCUGCCCCUGCUGGCCCUCAAUGCCGAGAUGCAGAAGUACAGCCAGCAGAAUAACAAUGCCAAUGGCAGGAGCAGUGCCCGAGCCAGUAUACCCACCAUGGUGCUGGAGACCCCGCCCAGCUCAACACCUCCCUCAACGGCCUUUGAGGAGCGGGCCAUGAACACCGAGCUGAGUGGGGAUGACUUCCGGGAGCAGCUCCUCAGGCGAACUGCCGAUGGGCAUAUCAUCUGCAGCAGGUGUUUGGAUGCGUCCAAAGAGCACUACUACUGCUGUCCACCUAGGAGUGUCUGCGACCAUUUGGGUUCACCGCAACAGGAGGCUGGCGGCAGUCUCAGCUUUGCCAAUAUCAAGCUGGAGUGCAUGUGCUCACAGUCAGAGGACCUGGACCAGGAUAGGGAUAGGGAUCGGGGGGACCAAAGGCAGCGCAGGCCUACUGUGAGAACGGCAGCCACUAAUACUCCCCCCACCAGCUGCAAGCGGGCUCCAAGGAAUCUCCUCGAAACGGAGCUCAGCAUUUCGUAUCAAAUUUGUGAUAAUUGUAGAAGUAAGUACAAGCUGACGGGUCGAAGGAGAAGUGGCAGCUACUCCCAGGCCCAGGCCAAUGCCCAGCUCUGUCAGCAGCAGUUGCCGGGUGUCCCUGCCAUACAGUCCCGAUCCAGUGAGAUCCUGGAUCGCACAGCCACCGCCGGCGAUGUGGAGACGGAGUCUAGGACCAAGGCUGCCCACUCCACGGAUGAUAUUGUUCUCUACUCGAGUGCAGAGAAGGAGUUAAAGGAAGGAGAAAGAGUGGAUCAGCUGGAGGAGCCUGUGGCAGCUCCUUCUCUGGGGAACGUGUCCGUGAACUCCAAUAACUCCACAAGUCAGACGGACAGGACCAGUGGCAGUGGCGGCAAUUCGCGACCCAAAAGACCGGAUAAGCUAGUCCUAGAUCUGAAUGAUAGGUCCAAGUACACCAAGGAGGUUUCCGUGUAAAGAAAGGAAGGAUAGUUAAAUUUUUAAAUUGAUUUUGAGGCGGAAUAACUGAGAUACACCACAAAAAUAUCCCAUACAAAUUCAAGAAGCUAUACUUUUUGAUGUGUAAAUACUUAAAAUAAUUUUCCAGAUUUUCCAUAAACUUAAAGCUUGAAUUUAUAAUUUGUUCAUGUACCAUAUAUAUAUAUGCAUUGUUGAAGGGUAUAAUUUUGGAAAUAAAUUUCCCAAGGCAACCCGAAUUUAUACCUUUAAAAUACAAACCAGUUUCUUCAUUAGGUUUCGGCUUUAAAAUUUAAAUCAGAAAUG